GGUACGAGAGGAUCCACAAAAUGGCGUCCGACAAAACAGCUCAAUGGCGAUUAGUUGAGGAGAAAAAACAGGCUUUAUUGAAAAGAAUUGAGGAAAAGAAAAGAAAUUCGACUGAACACAAUUCACAGUGUGCUUCUUUAGCAAUGAACUUGGAAUAUUCUGGCACACCUCCACCGCCAAAACCUUGUUUAUUUGUAAACGAUGGGUCCUUCUUAGCUCGUUUCCAAGCCAUGCAAAAGGAGAAGGAAUUUUCGAAACCAACAACAAAUUCAGACAUUUCGUCAGCCAAUAAGACACCUGUUAGCUUAAAAAUCACAGCAUUGAAGAAGAACACUUCAASUGGACCUGCAUUGAAAACUCACAAUGUGUUUGAGAGAGACGAUGGCCCUGCUAAAAACGUUUCCCCUCCAGAAGCACAGACAUCAGACAACCAACAUCAACAGGUUAAUAUAGCUGGUAAAACCAGUCAUGGAUUAUCAACCAGUUGCAGAUCAUUAUCAGGAGAGACAAGAGGUUCUGGUGACGAUCCACCUUUGAGGCGAAAACGAAAAAGUAGAUGGGAAGAUCCACCUCCGUCUACAGUACUGUCCUCUUCUUCAACUGCAGUUGCAAGUCCAGUGACAGCAAUGACUGAAGCUGCUCGAAUAGCAGCACAAAUUGCAGCAGAUGUAGCAAAGGAACAUAGUGUACCCAUGAGUAAYGAAGAAGCAGAAGAAAAAGAAAGACAAAGGAAAGAACAAGAAGAGAUCACAAAUGUGUACUAUCGCAUUCUUGCAAAACGUGCAGCAGCAAAAGCAGCAGAAUCUACAUCAUCAGGACCAUCCAAGAAACCAAAAUAUGAAUACGACUCUGAYGAAGAAGUUGAUCAUGAAGGAACUUGGGAGCACAAAAAGCGGAAAGCAGAAAUGGCKAAGACUUUAGAGGAGGCCAAAAAGCUAACAGAUCAAGCCAAAGGAAAGCAUCACAUUGGUGAYUUCCUCCCUCCUGAUGAGUUAAAGAGGUUUAUUGCAAAAGUAAAAGCAGUUAAGGGGGAAAAAGGCCUUGAAGAAAUUGAUCUCAGUGAUUAUGCAGAGUUCAAACUUACAGAAGAAAAUGUUGGUUAUCAAAUGCUUAAGAAGGCUGGCUGGACAGAGGGCACYGGUUUGGGAUCAAAAGGCCAAGGAAUUACUGCACCCAUCAAUAAGAGCUAUACACCAUCUGGAGGAUCUGGAGGAUUGGGUGAAGAAAAAGUUGGUGAAGUAAAGGAAGAAGAUGAUGAAUUUGAUUUGUAUCGGAAACGAAUGAUGCUGGCAUACAAGUUUCGACCAAAUCCUUUGAACAAUCCAAGACGGCCCUAUUACUAGAUUUGGAAGAUCAACAUGAAGUUGGUUCAUUACUGUAGUUAGCAUUAGUAUGUACUUGUGUAUUAGGUAACUAUUUGUAGAUACAAGUAAAUGCUUCAAUAUAGACUGAGAUUAUUGGUUUAUGCAUAAAACAGAUUUUCACAACCUUUUGCAGACAUACCUUCUUAAAAUGUAUGCUGUGAGAUGAGAUUCCUUCCUUGCUGCUUGGCAGAUAUAGWAAAACCUCUGCCUAUAACUGCAUCAAAGCUUCUGAGUGUAAAACAGUUACAUGGUUAUGAUGAUUUUCUGACAAUGUUUUAAAAUUUGUAUGACAUUCAUUUCACUAUGUGAGGUAAAUCAAAAAUUGUGAUUGGAACAAAAAAAUCAAUGCUAAGCAAACAAAUUAUAGAGCAUGAACAGA